AUGCGUCGCGUUGUCGUGACUGGUCUAGGUGCCGUCACCCCCCUCGGCGUGGGCAUACGACGAUCGUGGACGCGCCUCCUGGCCGGCGACUCUGGCAUCGUCAGCGUGGCCGACCGCCAGCCUUCGGAUCGAUGGGGAGAGCUGACGAGCACGGUCGCCGGCAUCGUCCCGGCGGCUCGGCGUCAUGAUCGAGGAGGUCAGGUAGCCGAAGAAGAGGCAGAAGAAGAAGAAGAAGAAGGGGGGGAGUCAGGGCUGUGGGACCCGACGCGGUGGCUGGGCCCGACUGAGCUGCGCCGCAUGUCGACAUUCACCCAGUACGCCAUCGCGGCCAGCGAAAUGGCCCUCGUGGACGCCGGACUGGAGGAUGCGUCCGAGCGAGAAAGGGAGAAUACCGGUGUGUGUCUGGGCAGCGGCAUCGGCAAUCUGGAUGAGAUGUAUGAGACUAGCUUGGCUCAUCAUGCCAGGGGCUAUAAAAAUGUAUCACCGCUCUUCGUUCCCAGGAUCCUGAUCAACAUGGCCGCCGGCCACAUAGCGAUGAAGCACGGCUUCAUGGGGCCCAACCACGCAGCGACGACGGCAUGCACGACAGGGGCGCACUCGAUCGGCGACGCCUCGCGGUUCGUGGCCCUGGGGGACGCCGACGUCAUGGUAGCGGGGGGGUCGGAGUCGUGCAUCCACCCGCUCACCUUUGCCGGCUUCGGACGGGCGCGGUCGCUCUCCACCGGCUUCAACCACGCGCCUCGCUCGAGCUGCCGGCCGUUUGACAGGGACCGUGCCGGCUUCGUCGUGGCCGAGGGGUCGGCUGUGUGCGUGCUCGAGGAGCUGGAGCACGCCAAGGCCCGCGGCGCCCGCAUCUACGCCGAGGUCAAGGGCUACGGGUGCAGCGGCGACGCGCACCACAUGACGGCCCCGCGGGAGGACGGGCACGGCGCCUACCUCGCCAUGAGCAGGGCCCUGCGCCGCGCCGGCCUCAGCCCCUCGGCCGUGGACUACAUCAACGCCCACGGGACGGGGACGCAGGUCGGCGACAGGGCCGAGGCAAGGGCCAUACGCCGCCUCAUGCUCGGCGACCACGGCGUGCUGCGCGAGUCCCAGGUUACGGUCAGCAGCACCAAGGGUGCCAUGGGCCACCUGCUCGGUGCGGCCGGGGCUAUCGAAGCUCUGUACUCCAUCUUGGCCGUCUACGAGGAUAUUGCCCCCGCUACGUUGAACCUCGAGAAUCCAGACGUAGGUAUCGACUUCAACUUUGUACCUGGCCAGGCCCAGGAGAAGACGAUCGAGACAGCCAUGUCCAACAGCUUUGGCUUUGGUGGCACAAACAGCAGCUUGGUUUUUUCCAAGUUUCGGUAA